AUGUCAGACGGCCCUGAUAAGACGGAUGAGCUCUACCCAAUAGCGGUUCUCAUCGACGAGUUGAAGCAUGAUGAUGUUCUAUUACGAUUAAACGCUAUACACCGCCUCUCCACCAUUGCUCUUGCGCUGGGAGCUGAACGCACCAGAGACGAGCUGAUUCCUUUCUUGGAUGAGUCUGUAGAAGAUGAGGAUGAGGUUCUUACUGCGCUGAGCGGAGAGCUUGGUGGAUUUGUCGAAUACGUUGGAGGUCCAGAAUGGGGACAUGUCCUUUUGUCGCCUCUUGAAAACCUGGCAGCGAUCGAGGAGCCCUUGGUGCGCGAAAAGGCCGUCGAGUCUCUGAAUAAGAUCUGUGAGGAGCUUUCCCCCCAGCAGGUCGAAGAAUACUUCAUUCCCCUCACAAUCCGUCUGUCCAAAGCCGACUGGUUCACCUCGAAAAUCUCCGCGACAGGCCUAUACAAUGUCCCUUACAAGAAGGCUUCGCCCCCGAUGCAGGAACAGCUUCGCCAGCAAUUCGGACUCCUCGUUCACGACGAGACUCCCAUGGUCCGAAGACAAUCUGCGAACAAUCUAGCAAAGUUCGUAAAGGAGAUGCCAGCUACGAUCGUCGUCGAGGAAAUGAUACCUCUUUUCCAACACCUCGCCAGCGACGACCAAGAUAGUGUCCGGUUAUUGACAGUGGAGAUCCUGAUUGCGAUUGCGGAGGUGGUUCCGAAAGAGCAACAAUCAAGUCACGGUGUUCUUCUUACAGCAUUGAGGAGUUUGAUCGAAGAUAAGAGCUGGAGGGUCAGAUAUAUGGUUGCAGACAGGUUUGAGAAGAUUGCCAAGGCGGUAGAUGAUGAGGUUGUCACGAGAGAUCUGGUACCAGCGUUUGUAAAGCUUCUCAAAGACGGCGAGGCCGAGGUUCGGACAGCAAUUGCUGGACAAAUCCCAGGUUUCUGCCAGCUGAUCGAACGAAAUGUUCUGCUGAACGAUGUCAUGACUACAGUGGAGGACUUGGUCUCUGACACUUCUCAACAUGUUCGGGCUGCUCUCGGAACCCAGAUCAGCGGUCUCGCCCCAAUCCUCGGGAAGCAAGAAACCAUCGAUCACCUUCUGCCUAUGUUCCUUCAAAUGUUGAAGGAUGAGUUCCCGGAUGUUCGCCUGCACAUUAUCUCCAAACUCGAGUUGGUCAAUCAAGUCAUUGGAAUCGACCUCCUUUCUCAAUCACUUCUACCCGCAAUCGUCCAACUUGCCGAAGACAAGCAAUGGAGAGUUCGGUUGGCUAUCAUCGAAUACAUUCCUCUCCUCGCAAGUCAGCUGGGUGUCAAGUUCUUCGAUGAGAAAUUGGCAGCGCUCUGCAUGGGCUGGUUGGGUGACACAGUCUUCUCUAUCCGUGAAGCUGCGACAAAGAAUCUGAAGAAGCUGACAGAGGUGUUCGGUGUUGAAUGGGCGACCGAGGCCAUCAUUCCCAAGGUCAUUGCGAUGGGUGCUCAUCCCAACUAUCUCUACCGCAUGACAACCUGCUUCGCUAUCUCAACCCUUGCUUCAGUCGUCAGCUUGGACGUAGUCGCGGAAUCUAUCCUCCCAAUGAUGGACACGCUCGUUAAGGAUGAUAUCCCGAACAUCAAGUUCAACGUCGCAAAGUCGUAUGGCGAGCUGAUUUCGGUCCUGAAGCGCUUACCUGACGAGGGUACAAUCUACACUCUGGAGCAGUCGGGCGCUUCGUAUUCUCCUUCGGCCAAAGGCGAGGUUCUCAUUCAAGAGAGGAUAUUGCCCAAUCUGGAGACGCUGCAGAAGGAUAUGGAUGUUGAUGUUCGUUUCUUUGCUACGACGUCUGCUGCUUCGAUCUCAGGCGGCGAGCCUAUGAUUACGUCCCCUUAG